AUGAAAGCAAAAAUUGAAAUUGCCCCUGCCACUGCAAUUAUGGUAUUCAAGGAAUCAGAAGCAAUGGCCAAGUUGAAGAAAGAAGAAGUGGAAAGCGGAUUUGAACUUUUUCGCAACCUUUAUCAUGCAUCAUACCCCAACUUAAUAAGGUUGGAGCCAUUGGAAGACAUAUAUGUUCAUGGUGCUCAUGAUGCUCAACAACUCAUCCAUGUCCUUGGAGACAUAGAAGCAUUUAUUGCCAUUGAUCACACCCGCCUACCUAUGAAACUCAUUGUCAUUGAUUCCAUUGCUGCAUUGUUCCGAUCACAGUAUCAGACAACACCGGCAGAUUUGAAACGGCGGUCUGAAAUGUUCUUCAACAUAUCUGGAACAUUGAAGGGUUUAGCAAAUAACUUUGGGUUGGCAGUGGUUGUGACCAACCAAGUGGUGGAUUUUAUUGGGCCACAUGAUGGAGUGAAUGGGGUGAGGUUGGGAAACUUGGAGUCCCUGGAACAUCAGGCAGACGGGUGA